AUGGGAAAGGCUGCAGAGAGACUAAACAUAGACUUUGUCGUCUCAACUGGAGAUAACUUUUACGAUAAUGGAUUAGAAGGUGUAGACGAUCCAGCAUUUGAAGAUUCCUUCACAAAAAUUUACACUGCUGAGGGUUUGCAAAAGCAAUGGUAUUCUAUUUUGGGAAAUCAUGACUAUAGGGGCGAUGUUGAGGCACAAUUAAGCCCCAUCCUUUCUAUGAUCGAUGCUCGAUGGCUUUGUCGAAGAUCUUUCCAUGUUAAUACCGAAAUGGCGGAUUUUUUCUUCGUGGACACCACCCCAUUUGUUGACAAGUACUUCACAGACUUUGAGCACAGUUAUGAUUGGCAUGGGGUGUUUCCUCGAAGCAAAUACUUAGCUGACGCUCUAGAAACUUUGGAAUCGGGAUUGAGAGAGUCAACCAGAAAGUGGAAAAUAGUUGUUGGUCACCAUGCAAUUAGAAGUGCUGGAUAUCACGGCGAGACUCAAGAACUCAUUCAGCAUAUACUCCCAAUACUCAAGGCCAACAAUGUGGAUUUUUACAUGAAUGGACAUGACCAUUGCUUGGAACAUAUUUCCAGCCUUGAUAGCCCAAUUCAAUAUUUAACUAGUGGAGGGGGCUCCAAGGCUUGGAGGGGCGACACUAAUUAUGAACAUUACCAUCAUGGCAUGAAAUUCUUCUAUGAUGGUCAAGGUUUCAUGUCUGUGGAGUUGACUAGCACAGAAGCCCAAAUUAUGUUCUAUAAUGUUUAUGGCGAUGUUCUUCACAAGUGGAAGACGAUUAAGGAGUUUCACUCUACAGUAUAAAUUAAAUCAACUAAGCAGAGAAAAUUUUGUAUAAUUAAUUUCUCUUCUAUUAUACCAACAUCAAGAUGUCCACGUGAUCUAGAUGAUGUUACAAAUUAUAUUCAUUAUAUUUUUGUAUGAAAAAUAAAUAAAGAAAUUGCAACUGCAUUUUAGGGUUUAUGCAGUGAUUAGUGAUGUUACCAGGAAACUUAAAUUUUCUUUUUGUGUACAAACAUGGCUUUUAUAAUAUAUUUCUAAUAAUAUUUUUGCUUUCA